AGCGUCCACAUUUGUGGACGCCAACUUCACAGCUCAAUAUCUCGAAAUUUACUUUGAAUCUCGCGCGCAACCAGUGCUCUCUCUAUCACUACAUGUUGCUGCAGCGACCCGUGGCGCCAUCUGCCGCAGCUGACACAAAAUAACUACAAAAACAACUCUCAAAGAUGGACGCCUCCACGUUUUACGGCGGCGCACGACUUGAAGAUCAUGCUUCAAAACGUCAGAAAGUUGAUGAUGCGACAGCAGAAGAAAUCCUCAUGAGAAUAUCAAAUGGAGAUAUCUCAGAUGGCGACUUUUCAGAUGACGAAUUGGAAGCAGAAAAUGAAGAAAACAUACCUGCCAAUGGUCAGGUGACCGCAUCCACGACCACAGCUGCACUGCCUGCACGACCAGACGCCACGGUCAGCUCGAACGCACCUGCGGCAUCUACGAAGGCUGAGUUCAAAUGGGUGAAGAAAGAUUUUGCUCCAAGUGAUGUUGACUGCCACUACAAUCCUGAAGUAGCCUCGACAUGCCAGCAGCCACUUGUGUAUUUUAGCAAGUAUUUCACCGAACAGAUAUUUGAAGACCUUGCUGAAUUCACAAACAGGUAUGUCCUGCAAAGAGACGGUGCCGUAUUAGCCACUACAAAAGAAGAGAUCAAAAUAUUUUUUGGAAUGCUCAUGCUGAUGGGUGUUCUGAAAUACCCACGCGUCAGAAUGUAUUGGCAAACUGCAACGAGGAUUCCCGCAAUAGCCGAUUCGAUGGGCGUGAAGCGAUUCUUCAAAAUCAGAGGCGCUCUCCACAUAAGCGACGCUAAUGAAGAACGGGACCCGAACAGCCAAGACAAAUUUUGGAAAGUUAGGCCGUUGCUAGAAGCUGUCAGAAGCCGCUGCUUACAGCUUGUUCCCUUGGAACAGAAUAGCAUCGAUGAACAGAUGGUGCCGUUCACAGGACGCAUUGCUGCAAAGCAAUUUGUGAAAGGAAAACCGAACCCAGAAGGCGUGAAGGUUUUUGUACGCUGCAGUUUUGACGGUCUUGCACAUGACUUUGAGUUUUACCAAGGGAAGGGAACGGGAGUGAGCAAAGAACAUGCACAUCUUGGCCUUGGUGGCUCCGUCGUAAUGCGCCUUGUUGAAAGCCUCCCGAAGGCACAGAACAUCAAGUGCUACAUGGACAAUUAUUUUACGUCCGUGAAGCUCUUUCUUGAGUUAAAAAAGAUCGGCAUUUUGGCUAGUGGCACAAUUAGGGGAAACCGCUUGGCAGGAUGCGUCAUGAAAACAGACAAGGAAAUGAAGAAAGAAGGACGGGGAAGCUAUGAUGAGCGGGUUUCCCAGAACGACGAAGUUGUCCUUGUUCGUUGGCAAGACAACGGGACCGUCAACAUGGCUUCUACCCACCUUGGAGUUGGAAAUAUUGGCACCGUGAGAAGAUGGAGCGAAUCCCAAAGGUCCACGUUGACAUUGACUGUCCAGAGUUGGCUUGAAUACUUAAGGGAUGCCAAUAAAGCAGGGCUACUAAGAAAAGAGACACUGGACAUGAUGGCGUUCCAAACAGACGUCGCGAAUUGCCUGCUGAACAGCAAUAAGCCACAAAAGAAGCGUGGACGUCCGAGCAAUGACAACUCCCGAACAGUGAAAAAGAAGGUACCCAAUGCUUCACCACUACCAGUCAGCACUGUUCGCUAUGAUGGGAUUAAUCAUUGGCCGCAGCAAAUCACUAACCGCCGUUUGUUCGAGUCGCUUCAAUUCGAGGCCGUCAGUGGACCGAGCACAUUGGGCGUUCCACCGUUCAGUUGGCGCCACAGCCCAUUCCGGGAGCUGACUGCCCACUAUGGCCACCCGGACACUUGGCACUUCGGAUUCGUGCGACACCAGUGGGGCCGCUGCUGGAGUCUCAAUGAUUGUUCCGAAGUCCUCAAGAAAGUUUUGAGCGACCAUUUGUUCCCGAAGUCGUCCGUUAUUGGAGAGCGGGCCAAGUUUCACCGGAGGUGUCAAAAGGAAGGCGAGUCCUCGUCCGAGUUUGUCACCAAGCUUCGUAAAGUGUCGCACACGUGCCAGUUUGGAAGUGCACUGGACGAAUUUCUUCAAACCCGCUUCUUGAGUGGCCUGCUACGAGAAGACAUUCAGCGAGUGCUUUUCACGGAAGAUAGCUGCGACAAAAAAGGGCAUAUCCAGAGAGCGUGCCGAAGUGGUCGUAAGAGUUCUUCUAAGAAGCCAGGGGAAAGCAAUGCCAAGAUUCUGACGGUUGUGUCGCGGAAAGCUUCGAUCCUCAGUCUGAAUGGCAUGCCCACGGCUAAGCUCGACCCAGUCACCAUACAGAUGACUAUCGAAGGCGUCUUGGUGAACAUGAAGCCAGACACGGGAGCACUGGUACGACCCCAGGGGGUGUCUUUGGUCAACGUGCAGCACGGCGAACAUUUGGCGCGUCGUCCGCUUCACGUCAUAGACUACAAGGAACCACCUCCACUGGGCCGAGAGUGGGUACACGUCUUCCAACUGGACUGGGCGAAAAUAUGGAGCCUGAAUCACAUUUCAAGAGGCGUCUACGUCAAGAAGGAGAAAUGUUCCUUUUUCCAGCAGGAACUACGCUACCUGGGUCACAGAAUCACCGCCCAAGGCAUCUCUGCAACGACAGAGAAGCUUGACGCACUUCUCAAGGUGCCAGCCCUUAAGGACAGGCAGCAGCUGCAGUUGUUCCUGGGAGUCAUCAAUUUCUACGGCAAGUUCCAUUCCUAA